AUGGAAAGCCCGAACUGCAAACAAGAGCCACCAUCUCCAUCCAAACUCAAUAGAGAUGAACUCGAGCAAUUAUCACAGGAAAAGGUGGUGCAGAGAGUUAUAGAACUAGAGUCGGAAUUAAAUGAGUUUCAGGAAUCAAGUAAAGAGUUAGAGCAGGCAUUAGAAGAAGAGCUUCAGGGGUUGGAGAAUGAAAAUAGCGCUAUCCGAGAAACGUUGGGCGUAUCAAGAGAGCAGUUACAGAUUUCCAAAGUGACCAUUUCCAACCUUAAUAAAGAAAUGUCCGACUUGAAUGAGGCAGUCAUCACCAAGACCCAAGAAUAUGAGAAACAAAUAAGCUCGUUGAAACAAAAACUUGUUUCUGUUGAAAUUGUUAACGAUGAUAUGGAAGAGAAUGAUCGAAUGUUAUGUAACAAGUUAGAAUUAGCUGGCCAAUUCAAUAAUGAACUAUUAGAAAAAAUAGCCAUAAUAGAGAACGAUCUACACCGGGAAAGACAAACCAACAGUCAGAAGCAAUUGCAUAUUACAAAUUUUGAAAUCACAGUCAAGGAGUUGAACGAAAAAGUCUCUUCGUUGGAGACCAAAUUGAAGUUUUACGAGAAUAACGAUGUUGAAAGCCUGUUCUUGAGCAUGAAGGAUAUUUUAAACGCCGGUCCUCCAUCGUCCAAGAAUAUUCAUGCAUUAGCCUCUGGCAGAGGAUCGAAGAUGAAGAAAUCAGACUCAUUGAAGAAACUUCACCAAUUAACUACUGACUCCGAAAGUAUGUCUAGGAAAGCACGCAACUUGAAAAACUCUGUGUACACUUCCCACAUGAAAUCAUCACCAACGACGAAGUUGUCAAGGCAUACAUCGAAAGCCACUUUACGAGGCAAAUUAGAGGAUAAAGAAAAUAUCGAACCUUCUCAAAAGAAUAAAACAAUACCAAUAUCACCACCAAUAAUGGAUAUAUCUGCAACAGCUGAUUCAGAUGCAAAGGGCCCACAAAGGACCUAUAAUCCAGACCAAUUUCAAACAUCACGACAAGCAUUAGAAGCAGUAAAGGGUUCUCCCAGAAUGAAUAAUAAAGAUUCUUCAAAAGAACCAGGAAUACAUCAGUUAAAGAGACGUCAUCGUCGAACUAACAUUUUUGAUACUUUCAAAUCGUUGAGUCUAAGUAAUAGCAAUUAA